AUGAUCCGUUUAGGACCAUCAUUUACCCCACUGCACGGAACCUUGUGGUCUUCUAUAAAUCCGCAGAUACUCAUAAUCAAGUUGAUUCUCUUGUGCCUUUUGGGAAUUGGAGAUGGAGCACGGAUUCUGGCACCUUUCUUCCUGCCGGUGAAAAGCCAUUUAAUGAUGUCCAAUGCGAUUAUAAGGGAACUGGUGAAACGUGGACAUGAGGUCACUUAUAUUACACCCUUAUCGCUGGCCAAGGAAAACUUGGGGCCCAACUAUAAGGAAAUUCUGUUGCCCCACUAUAACACCUGGGCAGAUAUAUCUGCGUUGAUGAAGACCAAUUCGGCGGUGGAUAUGAUUGACUUUUCAAAGCUAACACACAUGCGACUGGGCCAACACAUUGGAAUCAAAUCAACGGACUUGGCACUGGCGCAUUCGGCGGUUCAGGAUUUAAUUCACGCUGAGGAUAAGAGGGGAAAAUUCGAUCUCCUACUAGCGGAACAGUUCUACAAUGAGGGAGCUCUGAUGCUCGGCCAUCUCUACCAAAUACCCAUCAUUACAGUCGCGACCUUUGCCUAUGCCAACUACUUUAGCCAAAUCUUUGGCUUCAUAAAUCCUUUAUCGUAUGUUCCGAAUGUUUAUUUGUCCUGCACCGAUCAAAUGACAUUGCGGAAGCGAUUGGAGAAUGUGGUGAUUACCACUGUUGAGGAUGUGAUGCGGGAGGUAUCGUACUACCCGGCUCAGGAUGCUAUUAUCAGGAAGCAUUUCGGAAAGUUGCUGCCACAAGUGCCGACUGUUAAGCAAUUGGAACGAAAUAUAUCGUUAAUACUUCUGAACAGCUACAUGCCGCUGACAUCGCCAAGACCGAUGACCAUGAACAUGGUUUCAGUGGGCGGACUACAUAUCCAGCCACCCAAACCUCUGCCAGAACAUAUAAAAAGCUUCCUCGACGGCGCCGAGUUUGGUGCCAUCUACUUUAGUUUGGGAUCUCAAGUGCGCAGUGCUGACAUGCCACCCGAAAAGCUGAAGAUAUUCCUUGAAGUCUUCGCCAGCCUAAAACAACGCGUCCUUUGGAAAUUCGAAGACGACCAGUUGUCAAAUAUUCCCGACAAUGUCAAGAUCGAGAAGUGGCUACCCCAGGCCGACAUAUUGGCCCACCCGAAAGUGAUGGUGUUCAUUGCCCACGGUGGAGUCUUUGGAAUGCAAGAGGCCGUUUAUCAUGCUGUUCCGGUUCUGGGAAUGCCAUUUUACUUCGACCAGGAUGUGAACAUUAAACAAGGCCAAGUGGCUGGCUACGCCAUUGGAUUGGAUUAUCGCACCAUUUCGGAAGAUCUGCUGAGAUCUGCUCUCAAUGAGCUGCUGACGAAUCCCAAAUAUAAAGCCAAUAUGGACAAAGCAUCCCGAAUCUUCCGCGAUCGUCCACUUGGGGCCAUGGACACGGCUGUUUACUGGAUCGAUUAUGUGGCAGAACAUCGGGGGGCUUCGCAUAUGGUGGCUGCUGGAGUACAUCUUCCCUGGUUCCAGUUUUACCUACUGGAUGUCUCAGCAAUUAUACUGAUAAUUGCUCUAAUACCUCUUUUAUGUUUAUAUGUCAUCUACCGAAAGGUGAAAUCUUUGCGACGUGUUAAAGACAAUAAGAAAGAGUCAAAAUCAGAAUAAAUAUCA